UUUUUUUUGUGGAUCCCGGCGGGAACGCGGCAUCUCGGGAAGGAGGAGCAGGGGAGGCAUCGCGACAUCUCUGGGGCAGAGCUGGGAAAGCUGGGAAAGCGCCUGGAAAAGGAGCUGGGAGAGGAGCCGGGAAUCGGCCGGGAAAAAUCCGGGAAUCGGCCGGGAAAAAUCCGGGAAUCGGCGGGGAAAGAGCCGGGAAAAAUCCGGGAAUCGGCGGGGAAAGAGCCGGGAAUUGGCCGGGAAGAAAACGGGAUUUGGCUGGGAAGGAAUUUCAGGAAUCAGCCGGGAAUUGGCCGGGAAGAAACCGGGAAUUGGACGGGAAUCGGCCGGGAAGGAAUUCCGGGAAUCAGCCGGGAAGGAGGCGGGAAGGAAUUUCAGGAUUCGGCCGGGAAUCAGCCGGGAUUCGGCCGGGAAGCAGCCGGGAAGGAGGCGGGAAGGAAUUUCAGGAUUCGGCCGGGAAUCGCCAGGGAAGGAACCGGGAAAGGAUUUCAGGAUUCGGCCGGGAAUCAGCCGGGGAGGAAUUCCGGGAAUCAGCCGGGAAUCGGCCAGGAAUCAGCCGGGGAGGAAUUCCGGGAAUUGGACGGGAAUCGGCCGGGAAGGAGCCGGGAAUCAGCCGGGGAGGAAUUCCGGGAAUCGGCCGGGAAUCCCGGCCUGCCCCUUCCCUUCCCGCUGCUGCCGUUUUCCCGGGAUUGAGGCAGCAGCCGGAAAAGCGGGCCGGCCCUUCGGCAUGGCGAUGCCGCGAGUGACGCUGCGCUGAGAGAGCAUCCCGCGAUUCCCCCUCCGGAAAACCGGGAAUUUCCAAGCCCUCCAUCCAUCCAGGAUGCCCAGGAACCGCGCCUUCUCCGAGCCGGAAUUCUCGGCCGAAUAUUCCGCCGAUUAUUCCUUGAGUUUCCCCUCGGAUCCCGACGGGAAUCUCCGCCGCUCCCGGGAAUCUCCGGCCCCGCAGGGCUGGUGGGGGGGGCCCUGCCCGUGCCUGCCGCAUUCCCGGCGUUUCUCCUUCUCGCCGGAAUCCUUGGAAAAGCUCUACCAGACUUAUUUCCGCCGCCAGCGCCACGAGACGCUGCUGGUCCUGGUGGUCUUCUCCGCCCUCUUCGACUGCUACAUCCUGGGAAUGUGCGCGGGCUUUUCCCGCAUGGAAAAACUCCUCCCGGCGCUGGCCGCGCUGGCCGGGCUGGUGGCCCACGGCGGCAUUUUCCUGCUGCUGAAAUCCCGGCUUCUCCCGGAGGAUUUCUCCCAGAAAUUCCUGCCCUGCGGGCUGUGGGCGCUGACGGUGGCGCAGCUCUGGGGCUUGCUGGGGCUGGAAUUCCAGAGGAGUUUUCCAGAGGCGGUGGACACGGCGGGCUGGCAGGCGUUCUUCGCCUUCUCCUGCUUCCUGACGCUGCCGCUGCGCCUGGCGCGGAUCCUGCUGCUGGCGGCCGCCUCCUGCGGCGGCCACGCGCUCGUCCUGGGAAUCGUGGAAUUCCAGAGGGGCCGCCAGGACGUGGAGCCAGGCGAGGUGGCCAGGCAGCUGGUGUCGAACGUGGCGCUGUACGCCUGCGCCAUGGCGGUGGGCGCCAUGUCGUACGUCAUGGCCGACCGGAAGCACCGGAAGGCGUUCCUGGAGGCGCGGCAAUCCCUGGAGGUCAAACUCAACCUGGAGGAGCAGAGCCAGCAGCAGGAGCGGCUGAUGCUGUCCAUCCUGCCCAAGCACGUGGCGGACGAGAUGCUGAAGGACAUGAAGAAGGACCCGAGCCAGAAGGAGCUGCAGCAGUUCAACACCAUGUACAUGUACCGCCACGAGAACGUCAGCAUCCUGUUCGCCGACAUCGUGGGCUUCACGCAGCUCUCGUCGUCCUGCAGCGCCCAGGAGCUCGUCAAGCUCCUCAACGAGCUCUUCGCCCGCUUCGACAAGCUGGCCGCCAAACAUCACCAGCUGCGGAUCAAGAUCCUGGGGGAUUGCUACUACUGCAUCUGUGGGCUGCCGGAAUUCCGGGAGGACCACGCGGCCUGCUCCAUCCGGAUGGGGCUGGCCAUGGUGGAGGCCAUCGCCUCGGUGCGGGAGCGGACGCGCACGGCCGUGGACAUGCGCGUGGGCGUGCACAGCGGCGCGGUGCUGGGCGGCGUGCUGGGCCAGAAGCGCUGGCAGUACGACGUCUGGUCCACCGACGUCACCGUGGCCAACAAGAUGGAGGCGGGCGGCAUCCCCGGGCGCGUGCACAUCUCGCAGAGCACCGUGGACUGCCUGAAGGGCGAGUUCGAGGUGGAGCCGGGCGAGGGCGGCUCCCGCUGCGACUACCUGAGGGACAAGGGCAUCGUCACCUACCUGGUGGUGGUCCCCAAGCAGGGCCUGCGGCACGGCGUCAACGGCGUGAAGCUGUCCCUGACCUCGUCCCACGGCGUGUCCCCCCCUCCGGUGGCCACCGCGGAGCCCAACGGGAGCCUCAGCCCGGAGCCGCCCGAGGACGCCGAGCGCGGCCGGAGCAGCUCCGCGGAUCUCGACGACGACGACGACGACGGCGAGGCGCCCAACCCGUCCUUCCCCAACCCGCGGCGGCGCCUGCGGCUGCGGGACUUGGCCGAGCGCGUGGCGGGCGCGGCGCAGAACGAGCAGGAGCUCAACCGGCUCCUCAACGAGGCCCUGCUGGAGCGCGAGUCCAUCCAGGCGCUGAAGGGCAAGAGCACCUUCCGGCUGUCGCUGCGCUUCACCGACCCCGACAUGGAGACGCGCUACUCGGUGGAGAAGGAGAAGCAGAGCGGCGCCGCCUUCAGCUGCUCCUGCGUCGUCCUCUUCUUCACCGCCCUGGUGGAGGCCGUCAUCGACCCCUGGUUGGCGACCAACUACGUGACCUUCGCGGUGGGCGAGGUGCUGCUGCUGGGCCUCACGCUCUGCUCCUUGGCCGCCAUCUUCCCGCGGGCCUUCCCCAAGAGGCUGGUGGCCUUCUCCACCUGGAUCGACCGCACCCGCUGGGCGCGCAACGCCUGGGCCAUGGCGGCCAUCGCCGUCGUCACCGCGGCCGACAUCGUGGACAUGCUCGGCUGCCGGCGCGACCGCUGGGUGGCCACCAACGGGACCUCGGGGCCACCCCGCGGCGGCGGCGGCGGCGGCGGCGGCUGCGCCGACCACCCCAAGUACUACAGCUACAUCGCCCUGCUGGCCCUGGUGGCCACCGUGAUGCUGGUCCAGGUGAGCCACAUGGUCAAGCUGACCCUCAUGGCGCUCAUCACCGCCGCCACCGGCGCCGUCAACUUCUCCGCCUGGGAGCCCAUCUUCGACCAGUACGACCGGCGCCGCGGCCAGCACAGCUCGUCCGUGCUGGUCCCCUCCAAGUAUUCCAUGACCGCCAUGAUCUUCGUGGUGAUGCUCAGCUUCUACUACUUCUCGCGGCACGUGGAGAAGCUGGCGCGGACGCUGUUCCUGUGGAAGAUCGACGUCCACGACCAGAAGGAGCGCGUCUCCAUUACCCCAAAAUCCCAUUUAUCCCAAAUUCCCACCAUCCCAUUUAUCCCAAAAUCCCAUUUAUCCCAUCAUCCCAUCAUCCCACCAUCCCGGGAAGGAAUUCCCACAUCCCACGUGUGUUCCCAGGUGGAGAAGCUGGCCCGGACGCUGUUCCUGUGGAAGAUCGACGUCCACGACCAGAAGGAGCGCGUCUCCAUCAUCCCAAAAUCCCAUUUUCCCAUUUAUCCCAAAAUCCCAAAAUCCCAAAAUCCCACAAUCCCACCAUCCCACCAUCCCGGGAAGGAAUUCCCAGCAUCCCACGUGUGUUCCCAGGUGGAGAAGCUGGCGCGGACGCUGUUCCUGUGGAAGAUCGACGUCCACGACCAGAAGGAGCGCGUCUCCAUCAUCCCAAAAUCCCAUUUUCCCAUUUAUCCCAAAAUCCCAAAAUCCCACAAUCCCACCAUCCCACCAUCCCGGGAAGGAAUUCCCAGCAUCCCACGUGUGUUCCCAGGUGGAGAAGCUGGCGCGGACGCUGUUCCUGUGGAAGAUCGACGUCCACGACCAGAAGGAGCGCGUCUCCAUCAUCCCAAAAUCCCAUUUUCCCAUUUAUCCCAAAAUCCCAAAAUCCCACAAUCCCACCAUCCCACCAUCCCGGGAAGGAAUUCCCAGCAUCCCACGUGUGUUCCCAGGUGGAGAAGCUGGCGCGGACGCUGUUCCUGUGGAAGAUCGACGUCCACGACCAGAAGGAGCGCGUCUCCAUCAUCCCAAAAUCCCAUUUAUCCCAUUAUCCCACCAUCCCAAAAUCCCACAAUCCCACAAUCCCAGCAUCCCACAAUCCCGGGAAUUCCCAGCAUCCCACGUGUGUUCCCAGGUGGAGAAGCUGGCGCGGACGCUGUUCCUGUGGAAGAUCGACGUCCACGACCAGAAGGAGCGCGUCUCCGAGAUGCGCCGCUGGAACGAGGCCCUGGUGGCCAACAUGCUGCCCGAGCACGUGGCCCGGCACUUCCUGGGCUCCAAAAAGCGGGAUGAGGAGCUGUACAGCCAAUUGUACGAGGAGAUCGGGGUGAUGUUCGCCUCACUGCCCAAAAUCCCAUAAAUCCCCAAAAAUCCCAUAAAAAUCCCUUGGGAUGGAUCCUGAGUGUCCUGGAUCCCGGAAUCGCGGAAUGGUUUGGGAUGGGAUCUGUGGAGCUCCAAUCCCACCCCAAUCCCACCACACGAUCCAAGGGUUCUCCAAUCCCACCACACGAUCCAAGGGUUCUCCAAUCCCACCACACGAUCCAAGGGUUCUCCAAUCCCAUCCCAAUCCCACCACACGAUCCAAGAGUUCUCCAAUCCCACCACACGAUCCAAGGGUUCUCCAAUCCCACCACACGAUCCAAGGGUUCUCCAAUCCCACCACACGAUCCAAGGGUUCUCCAAUCCCAUCCCAAUCCCACCACAUGAUCCAAGGGUUCUCCAAUCCCACCACACGAUCCAAGAGUUCUCAACCUUUCCUUGGACACUCUCAACGCCAUCCCAAAAAUCCAAUAACCAAUCAUUAACGAUCAACAAUCAAUGACCAAUGACCAAUAACCGAUAACGCCGCACUCCGGGGGCGCCUUCCCGUCACUCCUCGUGGGGGCGCGGAAUUCCCGGAAUUCCCAGGAGCUGUACAGCCAAUCGUACGAGGAGAUCGGGGUGAUGUUCGCCUCGCUGCCCAAAAUCCCAAAAAUCCCCAAAAAUCCCAUAAAAAUCCCUUGGGAUGGAUCCUGAGUGUCCUGGAUCCCGGAAUCGCGGAAUGGUUUGGGAUGGGAUCUGUGGAGCUCCAAUCCCACCCCAAUCCCACCACACGAUCCAAGGGUUCUCCAAUCCCACCACACGAUCCAAGGGUUCUCCAAUCCCACCACACGAUCCAAGGGUUCUCCAAUCCCAUCCCAAUCCCACCACACGAUCCAAGGGUUCUCCAAUCCCACCACACGAUCCAAGGGUUCUCCAAUCCCACCCCAAUCCCACCACACGAUCCAAGGGUUCUCCAAUCCCACCACACGAUCCAAGGGUUCUCCAAUCCCACCACACGAUCCAAGGGUUCUCCAAUCCCAUCCCAAUCCCACCACACGAUCCAAGGGUUCUCCAAUCCCACCACACGAUCCAAGGGUUCUCCAAUCCCAUCCCAAUCCCACCACAUGAUCCAAGGGUUCUCCAAUCCCACCACACGAUCCAAGAGUUCUCAACCUUUCCUUGGACACUCUCAACGCCAUCCCAAAAAUCCAAUAACCAAUCAUUAACGAUCAACAAUCAAUGACCAAUGACCAAUAACCGAUAACGCCGCGCUCCGGGGGCGCCUUCCCGUCACUCCUCGUGGGGGCGCGGCAUUCCCGGAAUUCCCAGGAGCUGUACAGCCAAUCGUACGAGGAGA